AGUCAUCGCAGGUGUUAACUUGAGCUUGAAACAAUGAUGAGGAGGAGGAUGGCUACAAAGCCGUCCGGCGGUUCGUUCUCGUCGGGCGGUCGCGCACAGCAGCGGCAAAGACGACUCGUUCCUCCAUUCGAGUGACGUGACGUAGACUCGCUACGUGCGAACAUGUACCCGGUGCCUUGGGGAGCGGGUGCGUGGCGGCCCGGUGGCAAAGCCACCAAUUAGGGAUCGGGAAGUUCACCUACAGCGACCCGAGCGAGGGCCUCCCCACAAGCCGCCUGACAUUGCUUACUUCUUUUGAACCCUUCGUGGUUGGCGACUGAUGACAUUUUAAAUGUGGCCGCCUCCAUUAAAUGAAGUGCUACAUCCCGUUCACCUCCCCUUCCCGCAGGCGUGAUGCUGCGAGACAUUUGCUCAUGAUGGAGGAGGCUGCCAGCCAGCUGGAACGAGACCAUGUGCACAGCGUCUAUGACAAGAUUGCUCCCUACUUCAACGACAGCCGCUACAAGGCCUGGCCCAAGGUUCGACAGUUCCUGCUGGACCAGCCCCCGGGGAGCAUCGUAGCUGAUAUCGGCUGUGGUAACGGCAAGUACCUUGACAUCAACAAGGAGGUGUUGAAGCUGGGCUGUGAUGUUUGUCGCCCCCUGGUGGACUUCGCCUGGAGUCGAGGACACGAGGUCCAGAUGUGCGACGGGCUCCACUUGCCUUACAGAGACAGCUGCUUCGACGCUGUGCUCUCCAUUGCAGUCAUCCACCAUUUGUCCACCAAAGAACGUCGUAUCCGAGCAAUAAAAGAGAUGGCUCGCACGCUCCGAGCAGGGGGACGCAUCAUGAUCUACGUGUGGGCCAUGGAGCAGAAGCAUCGCAAAUUUGAGAAGCAGGACAUCUUCGUUCCGUGGAACCCCAACCCUCUUUGGCCCUCUGCUUUCAAGCCGAGACGGAGGGCAACGGCACAGAGUGUAAGCGAAGCCAUAGAUGGCGGUGACAAGCACAGGAAAGUCAGAAGCACAUCCUCCAUGGGGGAUGAGGAGCUCGCUGGCGCUGCGCCUCCGCCGAGCACACACAAACUCUGGUUCUUCUCCCGCUCCCUGGAUUCUGUGUUUGACUUUGGAAGCUUGGCCAUCUCUCAUUCUUCCUCCAGAGAGCUCAGCGCUUUAUCGCCCACAGGGGUGGAGAACGGGGGGUUCACGGCGGGGCUGCGGGGGCGAGGACGAGGCCUCAUCAAGCAGUUCUCCAGCUUCUUCUUUCCUCUGUCUGUCAUCGGAUCCGAGGAUGUCUUCGACUCGAGCACAGAUCUGCACAAGGAGCCCAAAGAUCCAGACGCGAAAGAGAACCGGAGUAUCUCUUUAGCGCAGGAGUGCGGCUCUCUGGCACUGCCCGAUCUCGUCCCUUUCCAGAGUGAGCAUCUGAGGGAGGCUGAUGAGGAAGGGGAUGACAGGUUGCGGGAUGAGCAGCAGCAAAGCACACAGAGUCCUCAGGUGGACGGCUCCUGCCUGAGGUACUAUCAUGUCUUCAGGGAAGGGGAGCUGGCCGAGCUGAUCAAGGAUCAUGUGGAGGAACUCCGCAUCCAACAGGCCUAUUUUGAUCACGCAAACUGGUGCGUGGUGGCCGAGAAAGUAGAGCCGUGGAAGAUGUGAUUCUUCUUGGAUUUCAUGUAAUCUGAUGGUCUGCCUCUGAGUUUUAGCACAGUUUUUACUCCACUGGUUGGUGACGAUUCCUGGAAUUGUCAUUGUGGAAUUUUCAAGUCUUUAAAAUGACUUUAAAAAAAAAGUUGUCAAAAUGACUCCGUGGCUGCAACGCACGACUGUUCACUUUUAAAAAUUCUUUGUCUUUGUGUGGACCGUGCACAGCAGAGCAGCGUGUAUGAAGUGUUUAUUCCAGUAGCGCUCUAAUGUGUUUUGUGUUUUCUCUUUUUAAUAGUCUGCAACAGAAUCCGCUUCCUCUUUGGACUUGAAUAAGCCAAAGUUUGCAAUGUCUUAAUGCUUUUGUUUUUAAACUAAUUUUGCCUUUUUAUCGUGAAGUCUGUGGUUUACAUGUGCAUGCAUGAGGAGCUAUCAUUCUCCCCAAUAAAUGCUUGAUGUUGCCGUCUGUGUACUCGCGUGUGGUCCCGUGUAGAAAUGGAACAUAGCGAUGGACUGCCUCCAUAUACUGUGAAUAAACACUGCACUGUACCAUGAGUAUGUCGCUGCUUGACGCCAACUAUUAAUACUUUCGAAAACUUGAAACAUUGUGCCAAGGAGGUGUGUUUUCUUUGUUUGCGUGACACAUGUUUUUUUCUUGAUUAAAAGUUUUUGUUCAGUACAGUACAA